CGGAAGCAGCGUUUUCUUGCAGUAGCAACCUUGACACAGCUGAUGGUUUGGUAUUUCCAGUCUUUCGAGCCACAAUAAUCAAUAAGAAACGGCAGGAUCGCAGCUCGGCGCUCAGGCUGAACAUGGAGGAGAAAGAAGACACCGUGGCGGUCAAACGGACCAGUUCGGAGCAGAGGAAGCUGCGUUCCCGUGAUGCUGCCAGAUGUAGGCGGAGUCAGGAGACCGAGAUGUUUUAUGAGCUCGCCCACACUCUGCCGCUCCCCCGUCGAGUCUCCACCCACCUGGACAAAUCCGCCAUCAUGAGAGUCGCCCUCAGCUUCCUGCGGAUGCACCGCCUCUUCCUGCCUGCAGGUGAGAAUCAGAAAAAGGAGUCUGAAGAGGAAGAGGAGGAGGAGGAGGAGGAAGAGGAAGAUCCAAUGGACGUUUUCUAUCCUCAGGCGCUGGCUGGCUUCAUCAUGGUGAUGACUGAGGAGGGAGACAUGAUCUACCUGACGGAAAACGUCAGCAGACACAUCGGCAUCACACAGCUGGAGCUGCUGGGCCAGAGUAUUUAUGACUUUUGUCAUCCCUGUGAUCAGGAGGAGCUCCGAGACCUGCUGACUCCACGUCCAGGUUUGAGUAAGAAACCGCUGAAAAAACAGCCGAGCGAGAGGAACUUCUUCCUGCGAAUGAAGAGCACUCUGACCAGCACGGGGCGCACCGUCAACAUCAAGUCUGCUCUCUGGAAGGUUUUCCACUGUACAGGUCACAUGCGCCCGUUUGGGGGCGGCUCCACGUCGUCCCCUGCGGCCAGAGUGAUGACUCUGCUGUGUGAGCCCAUCCCUCACCCGUCCAGCGUGGAGUUCCCCCUGGACACCUGCACCUUCCUCACCCGCCACAGCAUGGACCUGCGCUUCACACACUGCGAGGGCAGGGUGACAGAGUUGGUGGGAUACAAACCUGACGAUCUUAUUGGCCGCUCAGCCUACGAGUUUCAUCACGUGCUCGACUCUCAUCAUGUCAACAAGAGCCUGCAAACAUUGCUGUCCAAAGGUCAGGUGAGCACCAGCCAGUACCGUUUCCUGGUGAACAGCGGCGGCUUCGUCUGGGCGGAGACCCAGGCGACCGUCCUCUACAACAGCAAGACGUCACGGCCUGAGGCCAUCGUCUGCCUCAACUUCAUACUCAGUGCCGUGGAGCAGUCAGAUGUUGUUUUCUCCGUCGAGCAGAUCCGUUGUGGCCAGGCUGAAACCCACUCCGCAGCGCUCGCCGCACCAGAGGUUUGUGGGACUUCUGACAUCUGUGACUCUGAGCCUGACAGUGAGUGUCUCGCCAGCCCCAGUCUGACCGAGGACGCGGAUUCGAAUCCCAGCAGCACAGCAGAGCUCUUCCUCAAACUGAAGGAGCAGCCGGAGGAGCUUCUCCAGUUGGCUCCCGAGGCCGGAGACGUCGUUGUGCCGCUGAGGGGAGAUUUUGUUGAGCUGUCGUUCGCCAGUCUGUCCAGUCCAGACUCCGUGCCGGACCACCCUCAGGAUCUGUGCACUCCACAGCUGCGACAGCUCCUCUCGCCCAUCUUCAACCCCAUCACUCCACCUUCAUCAUCAUCAUCACCAGCCUCCUCACCUGAGCCUGAGCCGAGCUCCUGUGAGGAGGAGGCGAUGGACACGAGCGAGGUGGAGAAGUUCUUUGCCAUUUGGCCAGAAGAUGUUCAGAAGAAAGGAGAAACACUGGAGGACAUGGAUCUGGACAUGUUGGCUCCUUACAUCUCUAUGGACGAUGACUUCCAGCUGACCGUCAUCAGCAGUUUGCCAGAGGAAGCCAACAAACCUUCGUCCUCUUCGUCUGAAGCCUCAGCUGUGACACCUGCAGUCACAGUGAACAGGAAACGGACUCAUAACACAGAUGACGAGAUGCCGUCUCAGCUGAUGAUUCAGGACAAGAGACAGAAACAAGAUGCUUCCUCAAUAGAAGAAGAACUUCUUCUCAGCCACAGAUUACUGGGCUGUCUGGAGGAAACCGACCAAUCGGAUUCGGUCCUGAACCUGGGCCCGGGAGGGCGGAGUCAGCUGCUCACAGACAGAGACCCUCUUUUGGGAGGCAUACAGGGACUCUGUGAUACUGCAGCUCUGAUGAGGGACAUAUUCAUACCUCGCCCGCCUGACCUGUCGCCGCCUCUCUCGCCUCUGACUUGACGCAGCUCCUUUCUAUCGAACGUUGGCUCGACUUCUGUGUUCAAAGCCAGAAAGUCGACACCGGAUCUGUCUGCAAACACAGCAACCCGAGCGCACACAUACAACACACCACAAACCCUACGCACACAAACUCACACACGCUGCGUAACCAUGAUGCAAGGUCCAGCGGGACCUCGUUGCUUGUAGCUGAGGCAGGACAGUCACUAACGUUGAGUGAUGUGUUACAGGUGGGAGGUGCUGACGGCACUGCAGUUUCUUUAACCCGUUGCUGCAAAGUUACUUGUUUUCCUUCUAUAUUUACACUCGAUCACUGCUUUAAUGUGAGAAACCAUCAUUGUGCCCAGUCUGUUUCAUGAUAAACAGCUGGUGGUGCUAAAAACAAUGAAUGCAAAAGAUGUGAAAGAUUAAAAAUCCAACUUGGGUUAAACAUUGAGGCAAGUCUGAAAUGUACUUCUCUGAGCAGCUAAAUUCAGCAUUCAAUGUAUUGCAGCUUUCAAGUUUUCCCAUUUAGUCAGUUUCAGUACUUCGAUCAUCAUUAAACAUGUAAAGCCUGGGAAGCAUGGGAACUCCCAUGAUGCUCUGCUUUGCCUUUGAGCCAACAUCCGUCAAAUCUGAACAGUUUUCUGCUGUUCAAAAACAAACAAAAUCUAUCUCACUGCCAUUUUGUGUGUUCUUACCAAUGACACCGGCAAACUUGCUAAUAUCAGUGGCAUCGUUUAUUUCAGUGGCAAAUUUUUAUGUCUUUUUAUACUCUUGUGCUAAACCUUUAAUAGUGCGUUUACCAGAAAGAUGAAUUCUGAACUGUUAUUACUGUUAUCGAAAACCUUGUUGUAAUCUUGCUGAGCGCCAGGUGGGUGGAGUUUACCUUACUCGCUAUAAGCUAAUGUGAGGCGAUCACAGAAAACUUUAGUAAAUUGACUUUCAGACACAUCACUAUAACUGUGAAAUCUUUGCUUUCUCUGUGGUAAAAUCAUGUAGAUUUGUCCUUUUUAUCAUUUUAAAAUAUAUAAUCUGAUUAAUUUGCAGUACUGAAGCUGUUAUAUAAAAACAUAAUGAGACUAAUAGAGUCAGCUUGUUAACAUAGUCAUUAGAAAUGUAAUCAAAUACUAGUAUUCAUGAGUUUGAAUUUUAUAACAAAUGGUGUUGAAACGUAAGUAGACUUAUUAGAUGUAUUUUUCCAAUUGUAGUGUUUUAUUGGCUGCAGACCCUAAAAUUGCCCACACUGUUAACUAUCUGUCCUAAUUCAAUGUAAAAUGGCCAUUUGUUUAUUUCAGCCAUGUUCACUCUUCCAAAAAUUCUCUGUGCCUUUUAUCGUCCAAGAAAAUUGAAGUCGGCUGCAAAAGUUUCCAAAAUCAGAUACUGUUAUGCUUUCUUUUAUUUUCCUGUUUAUCCUGUAUGUAUUCUUAAGCUAAAUAAAGCUGUUGAAGCAGAA